GUGCUCUUCCAGUAACACACCUCUGGGAAAGGUUGUGGACAGUUCAGAAGCUAUUCAAGAAGAAAUUGUGCUCCCCCGAAGGAAGACGUGGGAUAAAUUGGCAGUGCUUCAGACAUUGGCUUCUACUGUGAACAGGGAUCCUACUGCUGCUCAUUAUAUGUUCCAGGAUGACCCUUUCCUUAUGCCAAGAAAUGCAGCCAAUUCUCGUCUGUAUUCGUUGUCAAAGGAGUCUGGGAGAAAUGCUGCAAAAUACAUCAUUAAGAACUUUCCUCAAUACUUUGACAAGACUUUUGCAGAGCCCAAUGUACCAUGCUUGAUGCCUGAGUCUCUUACCCCUCAGACUGAAGGGGUGAGUGAGGAAGCUCUAAAGGAGCGUAUCCAGCUCAGAAGGGUGAAAGAGUCUGUGGAUAUGUUUGAUCAGCUUGUACAAGCAGGUACCCCUGUAUCUCUGGAGACCACAAACAGCCUUUUAGAUUUGUUAUGCUUCUAUGGAGAUGGAGAAUCUGCUCUGGAAAAAGAGGAAGAAGGAAAAGAGGAUUUGGAAGAAUCAGAGGUGAAUGCUUCAGAGCAGAAUGCUCCAAAGAGACAAUUCCAAAGAGGUCCACAGACAUCAGGCCCUAGAUGGAGGGAGAACAACCAUGCUGAAAGGAUAUUUAAGAUAAUGCCAGAGAGAAAUGCACACUCCUAUUGCACAAUGAUCCGUGGGAUGGUGAAGCAUGGAGCUUCUUCUAAAGCUUAUGACAUGUACAUAGACUUGCUGAAUGAAAGGCACAAGGCUGAUGUGCACACCUUCAAUGCUCUGAUUGGAGCAGUCCCAUAUUUAAAGGAGAGGUUCGCAGAAAGAUGGGAAUUAGCCAAGGACUUCCUGACUCACAUGGCCCAACAGGAAGUGCAACCAAAUCUGCUAACUUUUAAUGCUGUACUGAAGACUUUGAGAAGAUGUGGUGGUGUGGGCAGAAGUGUGUCUGUAUUGGUACUGAAGGAAAUGGAAGCACUUGAUAUAGAGCCCAGCCUGGCUACAUACAAUCAUCUUCUCUAUAUAUUUUAUAGAGGUGUUGACCUUCACUCAUCAGGCAUCAUCUCUGAGGUGUUAGAUGAUGUGGAAAACAGGAGUUUCACUCCCCAGGACCCCGAUGAUGCCAGCUUUUUUACCACCGCUAUGCAAACGUGCUGUGAUCUUAAGGACAUCAAGCUUGCCUAUAGGUUAAAUAAGGCAAUGGAGAAGGGAGACAACUGGAAAUUCUUGGACAUGGAUCGGUUAAAUGGCUACUGGUCAAAAUUCUUUUCAUUGUUGUGUAUGAUGGAGCAAAUUGAGGUUGUGUUGAAGUGGUACAGACAAAUGUCACCUUCGCUCUUCUACCCAACUCCUAAAAAUAUAUUGGACCUCCUUCAAGCACUGGAUGCAGCCAACCAGUUGGAUAUGAUCUCUUCAGUCUGGGAAGAUGUGAAACAGUUGGGGUUUAGCAGGAGACAGGAGCUGCUGGAAGAGUUCUUGUCUUUGAUGAGCAGGGAUGAGCACCCUGAUGAGAUUCAGCUGGCAUUUGCCAAGUGUGCUGAAGACAUCAAAGCUCUCCAUGAGCCAGCUGGGAGGGAGCAGGUCCCGUUGGAAUGGACAGGCAGUGCUCUGGGCAGUGUUGUUGUGCUGUUUUCCAGGGCUGGGAGGACCCAGGAUGCCUGGAACAUGAUGAAGCAUUUCCAGCAGAUCAAUAGGAUUCCUACUGACAAAGUAAUGGAUGAGUUCUGGACCUGUGCUAAACAAACCAAUUGCCCAGAUGAGGCAAUUGAGCUGGUGAAGCUGGCAGCAUCCCUUGGCCUUCCUGCAUCUCAGAGGCUUAAAUGCAGAACAGAGGAGGAAUUUGAACUCUCUGAAACACAGAAGAAGACACUGGAGAGUAUCAAGUGGGACAGCGACAGCAGUGAUAGUGACAGCGACAGUGACCGUGAGUAGCUGUCCCUCUUGCCUUCCAUGGGGAAAACUGGGAGCAACCACUGCUGAGACACCAAGAGCUUUCUUUGAGGAAUGCAGUACUGAAGGGACAGCUUCUGGGAGGUGCUGCAGUACUACUGAGCACUCAGCAUUCUGGAACAGGACCUGCUUGGCAGGACACAUCCUC